UUGAUUGCUCCUCCUGCUACUUUUCUUUCUCUCUCUUCAUCUACUGAGUUGCUCUGAGGCAGCACAGGCAGCUUGUCCUGCUAUCUGAAAAAGAAUUAAUGGCAAUUUUUUGAAAAAAAGAGGCAGGGGUGGCAGGAGAAGAAAGAUGUUGGAAGAGAGAUCACUGUCAGCAGAAUCUACAGAGGAGGUGGAAAGAUUAGUGGGCAUAGCCCAGGGGUCAGAUAGCCUUUCCCGGGUCACUUUUAACACCCCACGGAAAGCAGAAGAACCACCUCAUAGAAAGUUGGCCAAACUGACUAUCAAGUAUAACCGAAAAGAUCUGCAGAGGUGGCUAGAUCUGGAGGAGUGGAUUGAUGGCCAGUUGCAGAAGCUGUAUCAAUACCAGUUGCAGGAGGAGACGGAAGCAACAGCAGCCUCAGAGCCAGAAAUUGACAUUGAGGAUCUUCUUGACAUCUCUAAUGAGGAGCAGAAAUCAAAACUACAGGAAAUUCUUCAUGAGUGUUCCAGACCUACAGAGGACUUCGUUACAGAGCUGCUUGAUCGAUUGAGAGGUCUGAGGAAAAUUGGCAGCCCUCAAAAGAAAUGACGCACAACACCACGGCAGAUGACACAAAACACAUUGUCCUGAAACAGCUCCCAGGAGAAAUGGACCAUGGAAUUCCAGCUUUGCCCAAUGUGGUGUCCAGUGUAGUUCAAAGCACCCGCCCUCAUCUUUUCCCUGGAUUUCUAUCUGCAGGCAAUGGCGGGAGAGAAGCCAUAGCAUAGGGGUAGAUCAGAUGCUUGGCUUGUGAAAGGUCCCAGAUUCAGUUCCACCUUGACAUGU